AGGCAUUCUUUUCCCAACUCUCAAAACAUUUCCUGCCUCAUUUGCUGUGCUAUUCCCUCAGUCACAUUCGGAUUCAUAGUUUUGGAUUUAGCACUGUCAUGUUACCAGUUACCAUAACCUUUACCUGUUUCAAGUGAAACUCUUAAUCAUUUAAGAUUUGUGAAUAUUUUCCCAUUGACCAUAGACAAAUAGCUAUGAUGGGACAUGCACUUGUAUUGUUUUGGAAAUGAUUUAUGUGAGAAUUCAUGAUGUAAUGUAUUAAACAGUCAAUGGAGUCAUCGUGUAAGUGUCAAAGUACUGCUUGUACUCUGGUUAGUAAAUUCUUUUUUGCUGAUCAAGAAAGAAAAAAAAAUAAUAAAUCAGUGCUGGUUCAUAAAGUCUUCUAUGGCUUAUGAAAUCAUGCUAGAAUAUUUCCACUUUUAAUUGCUGAUGUCUUUUGUUGUCCAUAAAGAAAAUCUAUAGAAAUGAUUACCAAAAAGUCUGAGGAUGCUGAUACCCCUACCAUAAAGAAGGAAACAAUGUCUCAGGAUGCUGAUACUACAAUAAAGAAGGAAGCAUCUAUUGAAGGAGAUUUACACCCUUUAUAUAAUGAGGGUAAAAAAGAACCAGAAGUAAGACUUUUCAAACGAAAUACGAGAAGAGAAGUAUAUAAGCCAGAUGCAGCACUGUCAAAAUCAAAAGAUGAGUGGGAAAAGAUACAAUGGGAUGCUGUAAGCACCAAAAUUUAUUGUCAAGUGUGUGCAGAAGAAGUCAAUGCUGGUAAUGACCCUAGUAAGAUAGGAUGGGGAGAUGUGGCUGCAAAAUUCAAUACGAGAGCAAAUGGAAAUUAUGAUAAGAAACAACUGAUAUGUAAGUGGUAUGAAUUAAAGAAUGAUUGGUUGUUAUGGAAACAACUUGUAGGACAAGAAACAAAUUUAAAGUGGGAUCACAAAAGUGAUAAAAUUAUUGCUGGUGCACAAUGGUGGGAUGAGAAGAUACAGGAGAAUCCUGAAGUUGCCAAGUUUCGAGAAGGUGGUUUGGAAAAUCUUACAGAGAUGAACAUCAUGUUUUCAGAGGUAGUGCCUGGAGGUGAAAAGAGAUGUUUACGACCAAGAAGACUCAUCAUUCCAACUAAGCAAGAUGUAGGAGGUGAAGGUGUUAUUAAGUUAGAGGAGACUGGUGACUCAAAUGAUGUAAAGGUUCAUCUUGUGUCCUCGAAGAGCCAAUUAGCAAGAAUCAAUAAAAAGAGGAAGAAGACAACAUUAGAUGGCCAAGAAUCAAACAAGAAACAAGUUAAGAAGGGAAAAGGCAAGAAUGUGAAAGUGGGGAUUGAUACAUCAGGAUGUUGUGGUGCUGCAGUCUACACCAAGAGUAAAUUAGAUCACACGUGUGCUUCUGUUAAGGGUUAUCAUUCUCAAUCCAGCUUAACAAAAAUAUCACGAAAGACUGAUCCACCGAGAUGUAGCAUUUUAGAGUGUAUGACAUUAUUGAGAAACCUUCCUGGUCUUGAACAGGGUACUGAGCUGUUUAUGUUAGGCACUCGCCUGUUUAUAAAGCAAGAUUACAGAGAGAUGUUUGUUUCACUGCAGAGAGCAGAUACGCAGCUUGCAUGGCUUAAGCAGGAGUUAGAGAGGGAGAGAGCUAAUAGUAAAAAGCAAUAAAUAUGUCUGCUCUUAUUGUUUCAUUGGUUCAUAUAUCCUUGUUAUGAUUGAUGUUUCCUCUCUUCCACAUUUUCAUGUUGACAUGUUUAUAUCUUUGGUAAAUAUCCAUGUUUUAUGCCUCUUGUAAAGUGAUGGCAUUGUCAUUUGACGACAAUUGAUGAGUGUUGGUCCUGUUGGAUAUCAUUAGAUGUUGGGAUAUUCCUGUUAACUUCUGGUGACCAAAUAAUUGUAUUUUGGAAUAUAAAUGUUUUAAGAUU